CUCGACCUUCGAUAUUCAUCUGCGAUCCUUGGGAGACAGAUCGGCGGCAAUGGAGCUCGAGCAGGACCUCAAGGAGCAUGGCGUCGACGUCGUCUGCUCCAAGAUGGACUCGGUCAUUAGCAUGCGCGCGCACGGCGCGACGGGCAAGCGCCUCGUGGAGACGCUCCGGCUCAUGGACAAGUACGUGGCGCUCAAGGUCACCAAGCUCGUCAAGGCCUGCGCCGACCACAUCUACUGCGACCCGUGCUUUGGUCCCAACGACGCCGACCUCUCAGGCGCGCGGGCGCUCUGCAAGAACGGCGACGUUGUCCCGUCCAAGGGCGGGUCCCAGCACCAGGCCAAGGUGCUCAAGCUGCUCAAGGAAGACAAAUUGCGCUGGGAGCGGCCGCGGUACGCAGCAGCAACCCAAAACGUGCUUGAAGAAAGCGACGAGUCCGACAGCCACCGCCCGACGGACGACGACCCUGUCUUCUGCGACGAUGGCGAGCUCUUCCGCGGCGGCCUCGCGAGCUCGGGCGACGUCAUCCAGGGCAACCUCGGCGACUGUUGGUUCCUCGGCGCGAUCAGCGUACUGGCCACGCGGCUCGACCUGCUCACGCAAGUCUUUUGGCGCGACGACCAGUACAAGGGCCACGGGCUCUUUGUAUGUCGCUUCAUGAAGGAUUUUUCCUGGCACUACGUCAUCAUUGACGACCGCAUUCCAGUGUUUGGGUACACCAACAACCGCGCCGGCAAGCCCUUCUUUGCACGCUGCAGCGACCCGAACGAGCUCUGGGUGCCCCUCAUGGAGAAGGCGUACGCCAAGCUCCAUGGAAGCUACGAAGCCCUCAUUGGCGGCUACAUUGACGUGGCGCUGAGCGACCUCACAGGUCUCUGCUCGGAGCAGAUCAUCCUCAAGCCAGGCUACCCCGGGUUCGCUGAAGACCCGUACAAACCCAUUCGGGCGGACCAGAAGCGUGGCGACGAGUUUUGGCAGAAGCUGCUCGAGUACAAGCGCAACGGAACCCUCAUGGGCUGCUCGAUCCAGCCAGACCCGAAGAACGACAAGAACGUCGUGGCCGAGGGCAGCGCGGGCCAAGGACUCUACUACAAGCACGCGUACGGGCUCGUCGACCUCGGCGAGAUCACGCUCAAGGACAAGUCGGUCGUGCGACUGGUCAAAGUCCGGAAUCCGUGGGGCAUGGGCGAGUGGACGGGGCCGUGGUCCGACCAGAGCGACGAGCGAGAAGCGUGCGACGACGAGAUCCAGCGCGUCUUCAAGGUCAUUGCGCGCUCUGUGGGCGAGAACGCCUACUCCAAGCUCCACCGCGAGCAGCACUCGCAGCUGUCGGAGCUCGUGCAGGAAGACAUUGCCGAGAUCAACCAGAACGACGGCACGUUCUUCAUGACGUACGCCGACUGGUCGGAGCGCUACACGCACUUCUUUGCCGGCAUUGACUUUGCGGACGAGUGGUGCGGGCGCCGCGUCGAAGGCAAGUGGGACGAGAUCUCGUGCGGCGGCAACACGAGCAAAGCCACGUGGAUCAACAACCCGCGCUUCCAGCUGCACGUGCUCGAGCGCUGCCACCUCUUUAUCGCAGUGAGCCAGAACGACCCGCGCGGCAAGGUCGACGGUCGCGGCCUCGUGCCCAUCGGCUUCCACGUCUGCUCCGUCUCGGAAGGGGCGAGCGGCGCAGUGGAGAUCCGCGAGCCCAAGAAGAAGGCGGCGCCGUACUACCGCUUGCACCCCGAGGCGUCUCGGCAGGCGCUCAUUGACGGCACGGCGGUUGAAGCUUCACCGCCGCCCAUCAUUCCCGGAACGGUCAUUGCUGGCGUGGACGAUGACGGCGUGCCCCAGCCAGCCUACACGCUCAAGCAAGCCGCCUCGGUCGACAUGCACAUUGAGCCAGGCCGCUACUGCAUCGUGCCGAGUUUGUACAUGCGCACGGACAAAGCAUCCAACAAGACCAAUGUCGGGCCGUUCUGGAUCUCGGUCUACGGCAACAAGCCGGUCUUUGAGCUCGAGGGCGGUGAGCCCAUCAUCGAAGAAGAAGAGAUUGACGAGAGCGCGUGCAAGAGCAGUCCGUCGACGCCAGCACCGUCAUCCGCCGUCGUUCUCACACCGAUCGUGGUGCCGGGGGACGGCGCGCGUCGCCAGUUUGAAAAUCUCAAGGAAGAGUUUCUCGCCCAAGCCCGCCUCAAAGGGAUAGGGUUUCGUGAAGCCAAGCGCGAAUUUACCAAUGCCGGACCGAUGCGGCGCGCCGACUUCAAGCGGCGGAUGCUAAACCUCGGGUUCAAGAUGGACGAAGUGAGUGACGAGAAGGUCAAUGUCCUCUUCGAAGGCCUCGAUCUCGAGAAGAAGAACACGAUCCAUGCGAGCGCGCUCCUUGAAAUCUUUGUCCGCGACAUUGACGAAGACCGCGUCGUGUCGAUCGUGCCCGAGAAGGAAGACGAAGAGGUGCCCGAGAAGGUCAACCAAGAAGGCACUCUGACGCUACGGCUCAUUGGCGGCAAGGACCUCCAGAGCGUCCAGGUGCUGCAGACGACGCCCCCGCUUCUCUCGUUCCCAGCGCUGACGUUUGGUCCCAAAGACAUGGCGCUCCAAGAGGCGUGCAUGAUGGAAGUGCUCGACGAGAUCCCGUCGCUCAUUGCCGAGCUGCACCCGAAGUUUCUGCUCUCGCUUCGGCCGCACGACCCAAUCUUCCAGAGUCGCAUCUCGUCGCUUCUCGAGGUCGUCAAAGGCCCCGCCAAACUUCGCAGCGGCUCGCGCCGGCGCGGCCCCAAGAAGAAGCUCGUGCGUCAUGACACGACGCCCGUGCUGCACUUUUUGGCGGCCGUGAGCGCGAAAUUCCAAGCCGCUGUCGCCAAGGAGGAGGAGGAUCGCAGGACGGCGCCGCCGCUCGCAGAGACAAAGACGCGCUUCAGCUGGAUGGCGCUCGAGACGGCGACGACCACUCCCGUCGCGACCGAGACGCCACGGGACGGCAACGAUCUCCACUUGAAGCUGCACACGAGCAGCUACAUGCAGUCGCUCGAGGCCAAGCGCGCCGAGCGCUUCCGCCGCAUGCAACUCAAGAAGGCCGAGGUCUGCGGCGACAAGCAAAAGCUCGCAAGCUUGCCGCGGCUCCUCGGCGGGCGCAAGACGGGCACCAACACACUGCACUGCAUCGACUGCCACGCAGCCGUCAUCCUCUCGGGCAAGGGCGACGGGAGCAUGGAGCUCACCUGCAGCGCGCAAGGCUGCGUCCACGUCUUCUGUACGAUCUGCUAUGGCAAGCUCCCGGCGUGCGAGAAGUUUUGCGACGACUGCUACCUCCACGAGCACGGCAACAUGGAGGUGCUCGGCAUGCAGCUGCGCUCCGUCUUGCUCUCCAAGCUCGCGGCGUCCGACGCUCAGCUCAUUGCGCUCGACGAGAUGUUUGCGACGCUCGACGAAGACCAUUCGGGGGACUUGACCGUCGCCGAGUUCACCAAGUUUUUGGAAAAGCUGGCGCUCCACCCGCCGCUCUCCAACGCGCAGAUAGCGGCGCUCAUGGAAGAGCUCGACGUCGAUGGGAACGGCACGCUGAGCCUCGACGAGUUCAAGCGCUGGAUGCUCGGGAAGGAGACCGCGUGGGCCCCCGAGAUGGUCAAGGACGACGACGAGACGUGGCGUCGGUCGCCGCGCGCAGGCCGCCGGACGACGCUCGAGGCGGCCGAGCGGGCGCUGCUUGUGCCGUGGAUCGAGUCGGUGCUUGUCGACUUGGUCGCUGACGUCCUCGGCGCAAUCGCCAACACCCCGACGCCGUGGAUCGUGACGGCGCAUACGACGCCGACGCUCGAAGUCGUGAGCAAAUCGGCGCUCGAUGUGCGCUGGGCCAGAGACAACGUCGUCUUUCAGCGCAUGGCGGCGCUGCCCGUCAUCGACGGCAGCACGGACGAGUGCGAGAGCAUCGGUAAGCUCUUUGCCCGCUUCGACGUCAACGGCGACGGCUCGAUCGCGACGGACGAGCUCGCAUUGCUCUUGAGCUGCGUCGGGCUCGAAGCCACCGCGCUUGACGUACGCUUGCUGUGCCACCGCCUCCAGCGCGAGCACGGCCAGAUCUUCUUGUCCGACUUUGCGACGUUUGUGAGCGCCGAGACCAGUGUGACGACACGGGCCCGCGAGCGCGCGCUGGUCGAGACGCUCUUAGACUUGGAGCAGCGCAUCAAAGAGCACCGUGUUGUGGAAGGAGACGUCAAGACGGCGCUGCAGACGCUGCAUGUGGGCAUGCCCGUCCACGAACUUCUCUGGCUCAGCAAGACGCUCCUGGACCGCAUCGGACUCGCCGUCGACGUCCUCUCGCUGCAGCGCAUUGCGCUUGCGUGCACGCCGUGUAUCUACAGUCCGUCCUUGGCCUGUGCUGGGGACGUGCUCUUGGCGCUGCUCCAGGCGCCCGCGGGCCUUGGUGGCACGCUCCAAGGCUUUUCGGUCGAGGUCGUCAGCAGCGCCAUCCAGCGCCUCUUCAAGAUCGCCGCCAAAGACGAAGAACUCGAGUGGGAAAAGCUCGGGCCGGCCCACGUCGAGCAGCGCGAGCAAGGACCGCUCAUCGAGGGGCUGCUCCGGCGCGGCCUUCGCGUGCUCGAGACGCCGGAUCUCGACAGCCUCGCGAUCGAGAACCAAGUGUGCGUCGCCUUGGCGCUCGACGCGCUUCGAUACCGCGACGCGCAGCUGCCGCCGGUCGCGACGCACGACGUCUCGCGUGGCCUUUUUCUCUCGUUGUCGAGGUAUACGACGCUCCAGCGCCUCGAAGACAAGCUCCGCCGGACGCUCCAGCGCAUGGCGCGCGUCGGCAGCGGCCAGCAAAUGUACCAAGUGACGUUGGCCUUCAGCACUGACAAGUCACUCCACGUGCGCGUGCUCGACUCGAUGCUCAAGCAAGCGAUGACGUUGUCGUUCGUGGACGCAGACAUGGACACGCGGGGCGUCCCGCUCUUUGACCGCCGACCGGCACCUGGUGCGAGCCAUUGGUCCUUGGGCGUCGUCAACGCCGAGUGGUACCCAGAGCUGAAUGCGUACUUCUUGGCUCUCUUGCGGCGCCUGCGCAUUUGCUUUCGCGACGACAAUGGCAAGAAGCAGCCGUUCGUCGAGUUUCUCGAGAGCCAAAGCUUUGUCGGGAAGCUCCGGCGGCUACUGCAGUCGACCCGCGUGCCCUUUUUCUGGGCCGUCUCCCCCGCGAUGCUCGAGUUUAGCGUCGACCGCGCGACGCUGGACCGGGCCAACAUGCGUCUGCAGCCGUACACGAUGCUGGCGCUGCAGGCGUUGCCGGCGCUCGCCGCGUUCUUUCGCCAAGCGCACUCGAAUCUCCGCGUGCACCUCGAAGUGCUCGACCACCCCACGAGCAUGUGGCUGUCCUGGGCCGAGUUCAAAGCGUGUCUCGCGGGCCUUCGUAAUGCAUAUGCAUCGAUCCAGCUGCUUCCGCAAGGCGACACGUUCGUGACGCCCCCGGACGACGGCGGCGGCUGCACACCGCAAUGGAGCUACUCGACGUCCGUCCUCGUGCGCGAGCCCGACGAGUGCGUCCACAGGUCGGACCGCCCGGUCGUGUACGUCGAUACGCAGCCGAUCUUGGGUCGUCCCGACAGCUCGGGCACGAAUUUGAUUCCGUUCACGUCGCUCCCGGCGCUAAGUCAGAGCGCGACGCGGACGUUGCACUUUGUGGUCGUGAGCGUCCGGCGGACGGUGCCAUCGAACGCCGAGGCGCCGCAUCUGUACUGCACGGCGUACGAUCCCGCGACCGCGAGCGACUACGAGGUCGUCGGGACCCCCACCAAUUGGAACGUGAACUUCUUCGACCCGGACGUCAACCCGGACGUCGAGAAGCAGUGGUUGGCGCUCUUGAGCAAGAUGAAGCUCGGCCGCACGAUCACGCCCAAGCUCUUGAUUCGCCUGUACAACAAGCAGCCGCGGUCCGACCGGCUCAUUGGCGAAACCGAAGUCUCGAUCGCGUCGACGAUGGCGCGCGAGGGCUACGGCGUGCACUCGUGGUUUGCCAUCUACGACCCAGUCUCCGAGCUCUGCACGGGCCAAAUCGAGCUCCAAGUGCAGUUUGAGAUGAAGACCAAGGGCGGCGACGGUCGCGCGAUCGACGCUGCGGCCGCAGUCAAGUCGACGCCCAAGCUCAAAACCAUGGCGAGCGUACCGGCAACACCAGUGGCACCGACUACUGACGACGGCCAAGUCACCCGCUUCAAGCAGCGUAUCAUCGAGCUCGAGGCCCAGCUGCAGGCCAAGCCCGAGCCAGCGCCCACCGAGACGACGUCGAGCAACAACUUACUCAAGUGGAAGCGGAAAUACGAGCAGCUCAAGCAAGAGGCUGCCGAGCAACAGGCCGCCACCGAAGCCAAGCUCGCAGCACUGCAACAACAAAUGACCAAACUCGAAGCACGUACUCCACGUGUCGAGGAGGUAGCACCUGGUGACGCGUCGGCGUCAGCAGCGUUUGCAGCGCUCAAGGCGACACUGAGUCGUCGGUGCCCCGACCGACCGUUCAACGGCCUCAAGAAAGCCAUGGUGGCUGUUGCCGAGACGCCCGGGAAGGUCGCCGUGCCGGCGCUGGAAGAAGUGCUCGAUGACUUUGGCCUGCGCUUGGACGCCGCUCAGCGCCAAAAUGUCCUUGCGCUGUUAGACCCAGAUUCCUCCGGCAUCGUCUCGAUCCCGGAGUUUUUUGCGCGGCUGAGCGGUGACGUGGCACUCAGUCGCGCCGCAUCUCGCGCUGCUUUGGAGCCGUCGCCGCGAACCAGCAUCGCCAAAAAGCCGAGUACGCCACGCAUCGAGCAGCCACCAAGUCCCGAGGUGCCCGACGACGCGGCCGAGUCGCCUGCGAAGCCGACAAAGACCUCAGCACCUAUCGAGACGCCACAAGAGCCUGUCGAGAGGGUAACCAAGCGACCCGCCGAGAAGGCAGAGCAACCGGCGUCUGUCAAGCCGGAGCGACCGCACGCUGUCAAGCCCGUUGCGACACCAAAUGCCGAGCCUCCCAAACGACCAACAAAGCUCAAGAGUCUCAAGCCCGAGACGACACCAGUCGCAGCGCGGGACGAGAGCGACGAGCAACGAAGCAAUAACGUGGCGUUCGAGCCAACGAGCGACGAAGAGGUGUUUGCCUACCUGCAAGCGCAGCUCCCAGACAAGUGGGACAUGCAGUUCACGAACGGCGGCAAGCCCUACUUUCGCAACUUUGUUGCCAGAUCGACGCAGUGGAACCACCCGGAUGCCGACGCCGACGCCAUCUUCCGCAGCUACCAGCACGCCACGAAGAAGAAAUCAAAGCGCUAAUCCAUUCCCGUUUGGCGA